CCUUACUUGCCUGUAAGCAAUAUGGCGGAAGUGGAGAAGCAGCUACCGCUCUCUCCUCAGGAUGGUAGCCGAGGCGAGUGUGGAGAAGAGCGCCCGAAUGGGGGAACUGCGGUGGGGGUUGCCGAGCCGGCUCCCCCUUCAGCCGGCUCCCCGGUGACCGAGGAACCCGCCGAGGACACCAAGAAGAAAAUUGACGUCCUGCUGAAGGCUGUGGGGGACACGCCGAUCAUGAAGAACAAGAAGUGGGCCGUGGAGAGGACCCGCACCAUCCAGGGGCUCAUUGACUUCAUCAAAAAGUUCCUCAAGCUGGUGGCCUCGGAGCAGCUGUUUAUAUAUGUGAAUCAGUCCUUUGCUCCUUCUCCAGACCAGGAAGUUGGGACACUCUAUGAGUGUUUUGGAAGUGAUGGCAAACUUGUACUGCAUUACUGCAAAUCUCAAGCGUGGGGAUGAAUGGUAAGCAGCCACUGAUGCAUAGGACUGCUGGCCUUCAGAAAGGAAAAGGGCUCUGAUAAUCUUCAGAAACCAUGCCCAUGGACAUGCUGAAGAGAAUUGUACAUUACUGCCUAUGAAUUUAUUUUAUUCUGUGCAUUUAUGUACAAAAUGAUGCAGAUGACUUGCAUAAAAGAAGAGCUACAUAGGCUUUUCAGCCACGUAAUUCUUUCUUCAUUGUGUCAUUUGUGGUAUGGAAAUAAUUUUGCAUGUGCCAUCUGUAGAAUAGAGCCAUCUUUCCUGCUGCAGAGCUCCUUGGUUGCCACAUAUGAAAGGACAUUAUUUCAUGCCUUGUGAACUGCAUAACUCUCCAUUGCUCUGAAUGCUGUAUUGAGGAUUUAGCUUCCCUUUAUUAGGAGGGAUAUUUAUUGCACAUGUGCACAGGGAUUUAGUUUACGUCUGACAUAAUGUUCAUCUCUAUGUGCAGUUUACUCUUACGUGUUGUGAAGUCUUUACUUUGAAUGCGUAGUGUCUCUCUUAUGCCUCACUUCAGGCAAGUAUUUUAUAGUGUUUUGUCUCAUAAGUAACCUAUAUAAACAGUUGCACACAAGGUAGAAGAUGUAUUGUCAUAGCAUAUAGUCUCUCACACCUUAAGCUAUGUGAGUAUCUGAUACAACUGCAUUUCUUGAACUAUUUUUUUUAAUAAAAUGUCUAAUUUUUUCCUUUAGCAAUAGCAAGACACAUGCUUCUCAGCUUUUUCUUAAUUGUUUCAUAUUUUCACGAAAGCUAUAAUAUGCUUGGGAAAAUGUCCCUGGCAGCUCUCACCCACCAGUAACAGCAGAAAGAGAGUGACCCAGCUAUUGACUCUUUCAGUUCCGUGGAAAUAGAUGUUGGAUGGCUAAAGCCUACUGUAAGCCUGCUUCUACUUGUGCUCCUGGUCCCCUGCUUCAUCUGCUGUAUCGUCACUGUUCCAUCAAAAGAAAUGCAACACCACUUAGGGACAUUUUUACAACUGUCACAAAGUAAUCACAGGAAGUGGCUCUCCUGAAGAGGACUUACUACCACAAUAAUGGAAAGAAGGAUACUGAGUCUCCAUCCCACCCAUGCACUGACAUCUGCCCUGUAUGGGAAAGGAGGUUUGCCAAACAGCUCUGUUUAGGGAUGGGCAAAGGCUUAAUCAAGUUCCUCUACCAAAUAACUUCCCCUGUUAUUAACAUGAAGGAAUACUAAAGAAUUAUCUGCAGCCUGCUGAUCUAUUAAUAUGUGAUUGUAAAUUUGGCUGCUUGCUAAUAUAUGCUACCCAAAAGUGUGGCUACAUCCUCUGCAUGCAUAAUUUUUGUUCUCUUUAGGAUGUUUUAAUAAACUCGGUAUUUUUUUCAUAUUGAAAGCUAAAUCAAAAUUCUUUGAUUUCAGCUAAUCAAGUUGCAACCAACUCUAAUUUAUGCAAAUGUGUUGAUUAAUUAAGUGUGUGUCUGUGUUUAGAUGAUCAGAAUUCUGAAGGUUUAUGAAUAGGUGUGUUCUAAAUCUGUUUCCAAAUGAAUUAUUUUAGUGAUAAUUACUACAUUUUUAGAAAACUGGUAUAAUACCCAAGGUUAUAACUCCUUAUUUAUGGAAUGAUGUCUUCCAAUAAAUACAAAAACAUUCUAGAACA